GCUCCCGCCCCCAGAGUCCAAGGGUCCAUACGGUGGGUGGGCUGAGCUGUGCUGACUGCUACACAGGAGCCCACACGGGGGACAGUUAUCUGUGGGCGGCAUGGGUUUCGAGGAGCUGCUAGGCCAGGUGGGUGGCUUUGGGCCCUUCCAACUGCGGAAUGUGGCCCUGCUGGCCCUGUGGCCCCGGAUUCUGCUUCCUAUGAACUUCCUCCUGCCCAUCUUCCUGGCUGCCGUGCCUGCCCACCACUGUGUCCUGCCCGGGGCCCCUGCCCACGUCAGCCAGGACAUGUGGCUGGAGGCCCACCUUCCCCGGGAGCCGGAUGGCACACUCAGCUCCUGCUUCCGCUUCACCUCCGCCCAGGCCCUCCCCAACACGACGUUGGGGGGAGAAGGGCAGAGUCCUGGGGAGCUGCCGGGGGCGCCCUCCACAGAGCCGUGCCCUCUGGGCUGGGAGUACGACCACUCGGAGUUCUCCUCCACCAUUGCCACGGAGUGGGACCUGGUGUGUGAGCAGAAAGGCCUGAACAAAGCCACUUCUACAUUCUUCUUCAUCGGUGUGCUGGUGGGGGCUGUGGCCUUCGGAUACCUGUCUGACAGGUUUGGGCGGCGCCGCCUGCUGCUGGUGGCCUACGUGAGUGCCCUGGGGAUGGGCCUGGCCUGUGCAGCCUCGGUCAACUACAUCAUGUUCGUCAUCACCCGCACCCUCACCGGCACAGCGCUGGCUGGCUUCACCAUCAUCGUGAUGCCACUGGAGUUGGAGUGGCUGGACGUGGGACACCGCACCGUGGCAGGUGUCCUGAGCAGCACCUUCUGGACGGGCGGAGUGAUGCUGCUGGCACUGGUUGGGUACCUGAUACGGGACUGGCGAUGGCUUCUGCUGGCUGUCACCUUGCCUUGUGUCCCAGGCAUCGUCAGCCUCUGGUGGGUGCCUGAGUCCGCACGCUGGCUUCUGACUCAGGGCCGUGUGGAAGAGGCCCGCAGGUACCUGCUCUGCUGCGCCAGGCUCAAUGGGCGGCCUGUGGGUGAGGACAGCCUGAGCCUGGAGGCCCUGAGGAAAGUAGCAGCUGCAGAGCGGGUGGUCCGAAGACCUUCCUACUUGGACCUGUUUCGGACACCGCGGCUCCGACACAUCUCACUGUGCUGCAUGAUGGUGUGGUUUGGCGUGAACUUUUCCUAUUACGGCCUGAGCCUGGACCUGACGGGGCUGGGGCUGAACAUGUAUCAGACGCAGCUGCUGUUCGGGGCCGUGGAGCUGCCCGCCAAGCUGCUGGUCUACCUGUCGGUGCGCCACGCCGGCCGCCGCCUCACGCAGGCAGGGACGCUGCUGGGCACGGCCCUCACCUUGGGCUGCAGGCUGCUGGUGUCCGCCGAGAAGGUGUACUGGAGCACCGCCCUGGCGGUGGUGGGGAAAGGUUUUUCUGAAGCUGCCUUCACUACUGCCUACUUGUUCACCUCGGAGCUGUACCCUACUGUGCUCAGACAGACAGGGAUGGGGCUGACUGCUCUGGUGGGCCGGCUUGGGGGCUCUUUGGCUCCACUGGCGGCCUUGCUGGAUGGAGUAUGGCCGUCACUGCCCAAGCUCACUUAUGGGGGGAUUGCCCUGCUGGCUGCCUGCACUGCCCUCCUGCUGCCAGAGACAAAGAAGGCCCAGCUGCCAGAGACCAUCCAGGAUGUGGAGGGGAAGAGCCCUCAGGAGGAACAGGUGCCCAUGAAGCAGGUCCAUGACUGAGUGGCCUCAGGAGCAGGCACUCCACAGAAGUUCUGGACCAGGGAUGGGAGCAUUGAGCCCCUGCUCAAGGCUGGAUUUGCCACCAGUGCCACUCUCUGUGCUCAUCCAACUUCUAGCAACACAAGUUCCAGAAUGCAGUGGGCUGCUGGAAAUUCUGGCGCCUCUCUCGGCUAAGGGGAUUCUAUAAAUAAAGGUUCCCCUGGGUUGGGGCAGCGGUAUGGAGCUGUGGGAUGAGCCCUGAAUGGGAAGCCACUGAGUCUGGUGCUGACUUCUGACCUAAACUUUGCCACUGAUUUGCUGUGUGACCUUGGGCAUGUGACUUUCCCUUUUGGAGCCUCAGUUUGCUCAUCUCUCAAAUGGAUAAUGAAACCUCUUAACAGACCUCA